GGAGACGUGAGAGGAGGUCGCAUGAGGAAAUCCUCCAAGUGUCUGUCCGCUGUACUCUCUCUCGGACGCGCUCUUGAGCGUCUUUGUCUUCUCAGGAGCGUCCUGAUGUCUUUACGUCUGUUCUGGAGUUUUCCAGUCCAUUGAGAGAAAAGCGCAGUAUCAGCAUAUAGGCAGCAUGAGUUUGCCCGGGGCCAUGACCUCCUCGACCCCGGAGCACUCCGUGUCACGUGACUCCCGUGAGUGUAUGGAGGACUACUGGAGUGAGAUGAAGACCAUCGAGGAGGACUUCCAGGGAGGUCACGAGGAGAUGAUGGAGAGAGGGAGUGUGGAUGAGGCAGAGCUUGAGGAGGCGUGGCUACAGGAGGCGGGUCUCUCCACACUGAUGUUGGGGACUCAGAGCGACGGUCCCACGGAGGCGCUUCUCUCAACGCUCACACGCUCACAGGCCGCCAUGGUGAAGAAACGGCUGGAUAACUACACGCAGACGCUGCGCAAGAGAAACAGACAGCCAAUGAGACACGUGCGAGAUGUAUUCUCCACGCCUGACACAUCGUCGGCUGAACUGACGCCUUCUGUUUCUCCAAACAAACAGAUCGAACCCACACCGCCUCAGAGGAAUCCUCCUAAAGUUCCUCCGUCGUGUGCGCUCUUCACUCCAGCUGAAAGUAACGGAUCAGGGGGCGGUUCAGAGACAAUCGUGUUAUCGUUGGAGGUGGCGUAUUCGGAGAGCGUGCGAGCGCACCGGAAAGGCCGCGAAUGCCAAGACUGCAGGAGGAUCCGUAGAGACGACAGGGAUUUACCUAGUUUUCAGAUGGUGAAGUCCAGACAGGGGGUGACGCGAUUGAACGAUCUGUCCUCAGACGACAUUAAGAAGAUCGGAUACAUCUCGCUGAUCGAGCUCACCACCUUCUACGACAUCCUGGGUGUGGAGAUGAAGAGGAACCGUGUGGUGCGCACUAAAGUACGAGAGAGCGGGAUAUUUGGAGUUCCUCUCACCGUACUCCUGGAGAACGACCAGAAGAAGCUUCCCGGAUCCAGAGUUCCACUAGUUUUCAAGAAGUUGUUGGCUAAACUGGAGCAGACCGGUUUACAGACUGAAGGAAUUCUCCGUGUUCCGGGAUCUGCGUCUCGAGUGAAGCACUUGCGUCAGGAGCUGGAUCUGAAGUUUUACGAGGAUCGGUUCGACUGGGAUCAGGUGCGUCAGAACGAUGCGGCCGGUCUGUUGAAGAUGUUCAUACGGGAGUUACCGUAUCCGUUACUGACACAACAACACAUGCCCGCGUUCAGCGCCGCUCAGAAUAUCUCUUCACCCAAACAUCAGAUUCAGGCUCUUCAUCUUCUCAUCAUGCUGCUUCCUGAAGCCAACAGAGACACGCUGAAGGCUCUUCUGGAGUUCCUCAGAAAGGUGGUGGCGUUCGAGGAGAAGAACCGCAUGAGUCUGUGGAACGUCUCCAUGAUCGUCGCUCCAAACCUCUUCACCUUCCGUGGGAAAAAUGCCAAAAUGGAGGAGAUGCAGUGUGCGGUCGGCGUGGCACACCUGGUGCGUCUGCUCAUCACCCAUCAGGACCUGCUGUGGACGGUUCCAUGUUUCCUCAUCUCUCACGUCAGAAAGAUGAACGAAGCAGCUGCAGGGAAGAAAACCCUGACAUCAGAGAAAACCAAACGCAGGUUACUGAGACGCUGGAACACGGAGAAAGACAGAGAUCGCAGUGAGGUCACAGAUCUUCGUGACGGCGUCAUCAGAGUGCAAGCCCCGCUUCAUGCGAAGGUUUCCAUGGCGAUUCAGCUGAACAGCGAGAUGAAGGCGAGAGACGUGACAGCGCGAUUUGAAAUUGAGAACGGUCGAGGUUCACGCAGCGCCAGUCGACGACAGAAACAGUCUCUGUUUGAGGUUGGAGGAAACAUCGGAGAGCGUUGCCUGGAUCCAGACACACAUUUACUGGAUGUUUACCGUGUUAAUCCUCAUUGUGAAUGGGUCCUAAAAUCACGACCAACCUGAAGACGGCCACAGCGGAGCUCUGAAUGUUUACUGGAGAACCUAAAGGUCAAAGGUCAUGAACCCAGAGACCAUGAUGUUGUUACUGGGGCUAAGGAGACCCUUUACAAGCCCAAAUUAAACCACUUAAGAAGGACUGCUGGAGGUCAGAGGUCAAACAUCAGACCAGAGGUGAUGCUGCUGCCCUCCUCGCGUCACUGUAGAUGGAGCUUUACAGCUUCUCCCUCCAAAAACGUCUUGUUUCCUGUACGCAGAACUCUUGAAUGAAGUCCUGAAGGUUUGUGGUGCGCGACACCGACAGUUCGGUGCGGGUCAUUGAGUUUGUUUGGUGCCAAAAACUGUGUGUGACCUUCACGAACAGGAAUCCUCCGAUGAGGACGAGUGUGUGUGUGUGAGUGCAUGUUUCAUCACUUUAUAAAAAAAAGAGCAUGUACAUAAACUAUUUAUACCACUAAUUUAUCCAACUGUAUCAUAACCAUUUUGUAUUGUUUCUAUACGCUGCAUGUUUGCAUUGAAGCCAUGUGAACUUAUAAACUCAAACACUACACGAGUCAGUCUAACCACAUCUGUCCAGGUCAUAUUUCACCCCAAAAUCUAAAUUACGUUUUGCGUAAAGACCAUAAUCAUUUUUAUGUGUUGUGACAUUAUUUUCAUGACAAUGAAGAACAUUUCUUACACAUUUUCAUUAAUGUAAUGCUAUAAAUAAUGAUAUAUUAUUUUAAUUGUGAAGAAUUUGUGUGUCGUGGCCGUAUUUGGUCAGUUGUACUAGAUUUAAUUUAUUUUGAUUUUUAAAUACAAAUAAUCAUUGACAUACAGUCAUUUAUUGUUAUACUGUAAAAACAAAUACGGUCCAGAAAUGAGAAUCUAAUGAGAAUUAAAAUUAAAAACCAGAAGUAAAAUUACAAAAAAAUAAAUAAAAUAAAAUUACAUUGAUUACAAAUUUGGGAAAUGUGUUUAAUAGUCAUGAUAAUAAUUCAAAAAAUCUUAAUGGCCCCAAAACUUUUCUUUGUGAAAUAUACUUAUAUGUAAUUUUAUAAUUUUAUAUUUUAAAUUUUUAUUUUGGGGUGAAAUAUAAUUUAAUAUUUUUUAUUUUGAUUUUGGGGUGAAAUAUAACCUGGACAAGUUUUUGUGAGAUUCACUCACACUCAAUAUUACCUCUGAAAUAUUAAUGCCAAUGUCAUGAAAUAACUGCAUUUAUGCACAUUUGAAGGAUGAUCGUGUAUACGGACAUUAAACUGUAUUAUUGUGUGUUUAAAGCACCUGUGUAUUAUGAACUCUCAAUACUUUAAGAACACAGUGUUUAAAAGAAGGAAAUGGAAGAUAAUUCUGUAGCCAAAUGACCUUUGAACUUUGAUUAUAAUCACUAACUUUAACUGCAGAAGGACGUUCAUGGACUGUGUGUAUUUUUAACUUUAGAACACAUCAAUGUCUGCCAAAAAUAAUCCACAUCAGUGUCCUCUGUGACGAUCUCAAUUCAAUGAAAAGGUCUGUUGAUGAAAUAAUUGCGUUUAAUUUGUACUUAAAAGCUUUUUGUUUUAUGUUAAACAUGUCUGAUGUUCUCGAAUGUUCCAAUUGAUUGUGAUUUAUUUUUUUAUUUGAUUUUUACAGUAUUGAAGUUGCCAAUUUAAUUCGCUGUUAAUCACAUUUUCCUCAUUUUACUGUAAAAUCUUUAUUUCAUGCAUCAUGAAGUUCAUAAUAAGUCACACCUUCUUGGCGUUUUCUUUGUAGCCUAGUUUCAUGAAAACCAAAUGAUCUCCUGGGCAACCCCAUUUACAACAUGUGUCACAUAGACUAUGAUAUGGCUACGUGUUUUCCAUAAUACUCCCUAUGUAUCACUACACUGAGUAGUCGUAACAUUUGGCAUCAUUAAUGUUGUAAUAUUUGGGUGAGUCAACUGGUUGUCAUUAUGAAAAGCUCAUCUAAUUAAAGUCAUGAAA